AACAGCUGUAGCACAAAACCUUUCAAAACUGCACUUCACGACUAGACUAUAAGAAAUGGCAGCGCUUGGAAAAGGUGCAAUCUUUUUAAUUUUGUUUUUCCUGUGGUGCGCCUAUGUUGUCCUUGGAAUCUUUGUCUUUGCUGCAACAGAAGGAAAUGUGGUGCAUAAUUCUCAGGAGCGAAGAGAACGACAGAACAUGACUGGCUUGAAAGCUGAAACGAUGGAGAAACACAACAUGACCGAAGCUGAGUUUGAGACCCUCGCGAAGAAAAUUCGUGAGGUGGCGAACUCGCACAAGGAUUAUCACGAUGAACGCCGAUGGAAUUACAUAGACUCAUUUUGGUUCGUGGUCGUUCUCCUCACGACUAUUGGUUAUGGCGACUUGUACCCAGUCACGGUCAUUGGCAAGGUCGUGUGUGGGUUGUACGCCGUAUUUGGCAUCCCUAUAACCAUCUUGCUCCUGCGAUUUAUUGGCCAGCAGAUGCUACGCGGAGAAAGAGCGCUGAUCUCCACAAUUGAGAGAAGUUGUCUGAAAAGAAAUGGGCCUCCGUGUCACCUGAACGAAAAAUGUUUCGUGUUUGGUUGUCUAUACUUGUUAAUAUUGAUCCUUGGGGGAGCGGGUGCUUCAAUGGUAACAGAGGAAGGGUGGAGUUAUGGGGGAUCCAUCUACUUCUACGUCAUCACAUUCACGACCGUCGGUUUCGGAGAUAUGUAUCCUCAAAAAGGAAGACAUGUCACCAUACCGUUCAUAUUCCUCGGUCUGACCGCCAUCUCGAAUAUUCUUCACGCGGCUGCUGCAUGGGCGCUGGUCAGACGUGUCACUGCGGGCUCAGACGAGAGCGAAGAAACUACGAAGUUAACGGAAUCAACAGAGAAAGGAACUGAGGUUUAGAUGAAAAGAUGAAAAGUAAACUUGUGGAAAAACGUAGUGUCGAUUCAAACAGCUUCCUAUGUCAAGAAUAACCAUUAAAAGCAUACUUGUUAAGAUAAUUACAAUCAGCUGAAAAUGUAGAAAAUAGUGUAGAUGUGUAGUCGCGUAAGACCCAAAGAAAGUUAAUCUCAACAGCCUAGAUUAUUUUCAAGGUAACCAUAAG